AGAGAGAGAGAGCUGAGAAGCAGGUCAUCAAUGGCUUCCCAGGACCAAUCCAUGGCCGCUCUGGCCUCCGAAAUCUGCGCCGAAAUCUGCGCCGUCUUCUCCAAGCCCACCGGCCCCCACCAGGCGCCGCUCGACCUCCUCGUGGCGGAGCUGGCCUCCGUGGCCGCCAGGAAAGGGCGAGUCUUCCUAUACGGAGUGGGCCGCGAGGGCCUCAUGCUGAAGGCCCUCUGCAUGCGCCUGGCGCACCUGGGACUCUCCGCCCACCUCGUCUUCGACAUGACCACCCCUCCCAUCUCCUCCCCGGACCUCCUCAUCGCCUCCGCCGGUCCCGGCGGGUUCUUCACCGUCGACGCGAUAUGCCAGAUCGCGAGGUCCAACGGCGCCAGGGUCCUGCUCCUGACGGCUCAGCCGGAGACCGGAACGUGCGUGAGGCAUGCCACCGCGGUGGCCUACGUGCCGGCGCAGACCAUGGCCGACGAUGAGGGUGACGCCGCCGACGCGGGGGAGAAACCUCGGCCGUUGAUGCCCAUGGGGAGCUUGUACGAGGGGGCGAUGUUUGUGCUGUUUGAGCUGGUCGUGUACAAGCUGGGAGAGGUCCUUGGUGAGAGCCAUGAGGCCGUCCGAUCUCGUCACACCAACUUGGAGUGAUCAGAUCGAACGGCUGUAGGAUACGUAAUCACCAGUUCAGAAGAAAUAUCAUAAGGGCUAAUGGAAAGAAUAUUCUGUAAUUAUAUAAAUAAGUCCAAUGGAUCUUCCAUUUCUCGUGGUGUUUUUCCACAAUUUCUUACAUUUUCCCAAUAAAUCAGUUCUGGAGAUAUUUGUAUUUCCAUAUGGUAUGACAUAAAAAUUUAAAGAUCUCC